AAGUGGAGGGAGAGAGGAGGGAGGGGAUCUGAUCGCUACCCGAUGGGUCGGGCGAUCGAUCGCCCAUUAGACGUUUCGGAGGACAUGCCUUGUUCUUUAUAUAUAUCUUGGAUUACCUGCCGGAAUGUAUAUAAGUAGCUAAGAGAUUUUUGUAUGAUAUGAAAGAGAUUGUAAUAAGCUAACUAACUAAUGAAUGAAAGAGAUUCUCAGUAAUUAAUUUUUGAAUUACCUGCGGGAAUGUAUAUCUUUUUUUUAUUGUUUUAACCGUUAUAGAGAUUAUUUAAACAUCAAUUUUAGUUGCAUGAAAGAGAUUUUUGCUUGGAAAAAAUUAAACUCUCCUAUAGCUUAGUUCCACCCAACUAAUUUGUCAAAAAAAAAGUGAGUUUAUUUUUAAAACAUAUUUAUCCUUAUAAAAUAUUUUAAAAAAUGCCUUACCCGGCCAGCCACCUAUAUGAACACCUAUAAAUAACUAGAUAUUCAGAGCACACGCCAUCAGAUAUUCAGACACACACCUUCAAUAACUUGCAAGGAUAACUCAAACUACUUGAAUCAGAUCAGACAAAAACAUCAUAAGAAUAUCACGAUGUGUGGAGGAGCACUGAUCCCGAACGACUAUGGCGACAAGCCGCCGCCGCCGCCGUCGGAGUCGUCGGAGUGGGACGCCACAACGAAGAUGAAGAAGAAGAAGAAGCGUGGUGGCGGCGGCGACGACGACUGGGAGGCCGCCUUCCGGGAGUUCAUCGCUGGCGACGACGACGACGACGACGGCGGCGUUUCCAUGUUCCCUUCUGGUGCAGGGACGAUGGAGACGACCACAGAGGUGGCGCCGGCGGCGGCGGUGGUGGAGAGGCCGCGGCGGCGGCGAAGGGUGAGGCGGAGCUACCCGUACCGCGGCGUCCGGCAGCGGCCGUGGGGGCGGUGGGCGUCGGAGAUCCGCGACCCCGUCAAGGGCGCCCGCGUCUGGCUCGGCACCUUCGACACCGCCGUCGAGGCCGCGCGCGCCUACGACGCCGAGGCGCGCCGCAUCCACGGCCACAAGGCAAGGACCAACUUCCCGCCCGACGAGCCUCCGCUGCCGGCGCCAUCGCAGGCGCCGUUCUGCUUCCUGCUCGACGACGACGACGACGACGACGGCGUGGCCCGUGGAAACAGCCCGGCGUCGUCGUCGGCGCCGGACAGAGCCUCCGCUUGCACGACGUCGUCGACGGUGGCGUCCGGCGAGCGAGGCGAUGAGCUCAUACUGCUGGAGUGCUGCUCCGACGACGUGAUGGACAGCCUCCUCGCCGGCUUCGACGUGUCCAGCGAACCACGCAGUGUUUUGGGAAUGGUUAAUUAGCAGCGCGCACGCCUGAUUAGAUCGGUACAUGUGAAGUACAAGAGAAGUAGUUACUACUAGCUAGGAGCAAAUUAACUUGGAGUGCAAGAAUAAAAUAUGCAUGUCUCUGCACUACUACUGUAGUGUUAGCAAGUUUGCUCAUUGUUCUGUUGUAUCCUUUCAUGUCCAUUUCAGACUUCCCAAUGCUACAUAAGGAUGUACAUAUGUAUGAUGUUGUGUGCCUUGUUAAUCAAUGAAUGUAAAUAUCUUUAUAUUGCUUUUGUACAACAAAAAUGGUUAUGUUGAGACUA